UUCGCUUUUGAUAAGAAGCACUGAAGUUGCAUGCAGACUAGUACUCCUCUGGGCACCUUCCCUCUUAUUUCUUAAACGAACUCGUUUUCUUGUCACCUUUGGCACUCUGACUAAUGGAUGUUGAUGAUUUGGCAAAAAUGCAGUGAACAUUUGUGACUGCCUCCAAGAUUGUGUUUGUAGUAGCACAAGUCUGAUCCAUUUUUUGAAAUGGAAAAAGCCACGGGCACAGAGACACCAGCCAUGUUGACGGUGACUCAUGCCAUGUCAUUUGUGACAAGCUGCGGAGGGAAUUGUGUUAAGAAGUCACAGUGGUUUAAACACCCAAACAGUGUGGAUGAUUAUUGGUGGCAAGUGACUUCCGAUGUUGAAAAUCAAGCUGCUACCAUAAGCAUAAUGGUAGAAAAAGACAGGAAUAUAUUCACUGAUGCUAACCCAGAACCUUUAAGUCCUCCUUUCAUAAUAUGUGCCAAUGAAUGCAAGGUGUACAGAAAGAUCCUUGGACCUGGUCAGCCAACAAUGGCUAAAUUUCUUCUCCCUGAAACAACUUCAUUUACUGUACACAGGGUUACUUCUACUCGAAUGCGGUACAGAAUGAUAAGAGUGAAAUUUGGCGGAGUUCGUUCACAGCUUACAGUAGUUGUAAGCUUUACUGUUUUGAAUGACAAAAAUAUGCAACACAAGAUGAUUCUUUACUCUUUUAGGCCACCGAUGAACUUCUUGUCCUUUGCUCAAGACAUUCAUGAAGCAUCUCAUGUUGACGAAAGUUUGCUGGAGGCACUAGAGCAAUCAGAUUUAGUCUUGGAAAUGAAGGACGGUAGGACAAUUGGAGCUCGCAAAGCUGUUUUGAUGGCUUGCUCUCCUGUGUUCAGAGCAAUGUUCAUGCAUGACACUGUUGAAAAGCGUGAUAACAGGAUAGUUAUGCCUGAUGUAAGCCUUGAGGCAAUAACUGAGGCUCUACGCUUUAUGCACACAGGGGCUGCUAAUCUAGAUGAUGUAGAUAUGGUUCAGGAGGUAGUUGAGUUAGCUGAGCGAUAUGAUCUAGUUUUGCUCAAAAUAAUGUGUGAAUCGGCAUUGAUGGAUUCCUUGUACAGGGAUGAUGGAUGGGUGACCCCUGAAUAUGCAGCAGAGCUUCUUUCUAUGGCAACGAUGUACAGAAUGAUCACUUUAAAAGAGGCUUGUGAAGUUGCUCUGGCAUGGCACAUACGGGAUCAUACUUUGGAGUACUUUAAACUUGCUCUUGAUACAAAGGCUGACUUUUUGAGAAAGUUUGCUUUUGAACGUCUUGUCGCAUUAAAGCAACCCUACUUUCAAGAUCCUUCUUGGAAAGAACUCCAGCGUGACUAUCCUGAAGAAGUUGAAGCACUUCUUGUAGCGCAGAUAAAUUCUCAUGGGUCUUCUCCUGGGAUCAUCAGAUGUGAGAGGGACUGACAUGAGGAGUUACUCCUGUGUCUAUCACAGGAAGUCUUCCAGGAAAAGGAAACUCCUGUCUGAGAGUUUUAACCCAGGAAGAUUCUUGUUAGCAGGAGUAA